AUCAUUGAAGAGAAAAGAGGAAGGAGAAGACAUCGAGCGAGGUUAAAGUGAAAUGAAGAAAGCGUCGUACGCAUUUUGACUGACGGGGCCAUCGGCGCAGUUGUUAGGAUCCUUCCCUUGUGCUUGGAAUAAAUAAAGUUCGUCAUGGAUGAUGUCUGGUCACCGCUUUCGUGCGAACAUAAUAGAAAAGACGUUUUUACCAAAGACCUACACUCAUAUCGAUCACCAACACAAAAAAGAAGCAUGAUCUUAGCAGCAGGAGCGCCACCGUCAUCGACAUUCACUUCCCACAGUGGGGAAGAGGAAUCCCUGGAUACCAGGCAGGACGGUCAUGACAUCGACAUCAGGGAGGAGGAACUAGAACCAGAAGGACAGCGGAUGACUCGGCUGCGAGAGCUCCUCAGCAAAUCACUCCAGGAGACCCUGAAGGCAUGCAACUACAGGGCCAUCUGUCAAUGCUUCCCGACCCUUGCUGCUGCCAACCCAGAAGAACUACGCAACGCACACGAAAAAGUCUUCCAGUUUCUGAACGUUGAAGUCGAAAACGAGUUUGAACAGAUUAUUGAGGAACGGAAUGUCGUGUUCAAGCUGAAUGGACUCGACAGACUUAUUGCGGACGCCAAGAGUAAGGGAAGAACUGCUGGAUCACGAACAAUAUUGGAGCUACCUCCGGAAAUUGCGGUCCGGGCACGCACUGUACCAACAAAAGAGGCUGAAAUCGAGCGACUCAAGGCAGAACUGGAAAGGGUAGCAAUCAGGAAACACAAGAUGUCUUUGUAGCGGCACUGGAUGGAAUUUUAGCUGACAAAGGCAUUGACCUAUUUUGCUUGAUAUUUAGGUACGGCUGGACAAUCGACGACUAGGUAAUGCUCUGAACCAUGUCAAAGCAGAACAAUCGAAUAUCAAACUGGAACUUCU